AUGGCACUCUCCAACUGUACCAGGAUUCUUUCUAUUUAAAAGAGAAUUAUAUUAUUUAACUUUUUUUAGGGAGAUACAGUAUCUUCUAUUAUCUCAAAUUCCAAUUUCCACAUUCGCUUUUUGACGAAUUAGCCAUUCUUUUCAAUACAGUUAAUUAAGCUUCGAUUUUGCAGAUAGUAAUAUUGUAUCUUGAGAAUUAAGGAUAUACCUCAUAAAGAUAUUAGAUGUACCAAAGCUGAUCAUCGAAAUCUAUAAAUAACAGGGUUUUGUAUUGAUAGUACGUCCUCAGUUUAAAGGCCUUAUUGCAAUUUAUGCUUGCCUUGCCAUGGUGAACAUCUCAACAAGUUAACUUCUUUAGAAACUUUUGAGUGUAUGGAUGCAGUAAUGAAUAUCGAGAGCAAAAAAUAUGUAAGUUAGCUUUGA